AUGUAUCAAUCCAAACUUGAGCAAUACGUCCAGUUCCUUUCCCCACCGUUUCGUCAUGGUUGUAGCUUCCUAGAUCUGCCAGACGAUAUCCGAUGCUAUAUCUACCGCCUCACAGGUGUUGUUCGCAAAUGCCCCAUCUAUCUAUAUUGGGACCCUCGAGAGAAUCGCAACAUUCUCGAUGUCAAUGGAGAUCCCAUACGCUGCCUGACAGCUACUGCCUUUGACCUCGACUGUGACUGUCAUGAAAUUCUAGAUCGCUAUUAUUACCGACCGAUCCCAGUUUCUCUUUUCUGCUGCAGCCGAGACGUCUACAGAGAGGCGUCAACCCUCUUCUAUAAUAAUAAUCGCUUUUAUAUUCAGUAUACAGGACCGGACAGCUUUGGCGCUAUAAUGGGGCUGCGCCCGAUGACCCUUUCUAUGAUCAGCUACCUGCAUAUUGUGCUGCACCAGGCCAAUAAAGACUCAUCACUAACUUGGUGCGAUUGUAGCGAUAGAGAAAUACAGCGGGAUCCCUUGCGCCGCAUGCCUCCUCGACGCUAUCGAGACUUGACCAGUGGGUGGAAAGCCGUCUGCAUGAAACUAGCCAAGUCUAUUGCUCAGUCUCGGGUUGAGAUGUGUCUUAUCUGUGAUACUGACGACAUAAACGUGGCAGCCGAAGUGCUUAGUCCUCUGCCACAGCUGCCAUUGCUAGCAGCCUUCUCAGUGCGAUUUGCACACCCUUGGAGCACCUGGAAUAUUCCUAGAGAAAACAGCCUCCAUGUUAAUCUCUACCACAUGGCAAGGGAGGUAUCCAUGGAGAUAACUGGGCGAAUCAGUAACCAUCACAAACAAACUUUCAAAUAUAAUCUACUACCCGCAGAGCUCCAACUCCGCAUUCUUGAACACACUGCACUUGUCGCACCAGAGGGUUACUUAGCCUGGAGUCCUGAUUCAGGCUUUUCCAGCCUUGGUGAAUUCUAUGAGUACCGUUGGGACCCUCGGCUGCAUUGUUGCCGGCUAUGCGAUCCCUUGCGCAUCGUGUGCUGUCGCCCAAUGGUCCCCAAGGGCGGAACAUGGGUAUCGCAGUGUAAUAAGUGCUGGAAGUUCCCCUUGUCUCUCUUUCUUGUCAACCGACGCUUUUAUCAAGAAGCAACACAUAUAUUCUGGUCACUCAACCGGUUUGUUGUAUUUGAUACAGAAGCCUAUCCAAGUGAUGUUAUCGGCCCUUUCCCACCUAUCUUAGAGCCUGUCCACCUAGCGACCUUUAUGUCGCCGUAUGCGAUGCGCUACCUGCGCUACCUGCAGUUUAACUCUCCUCCAAACCGGGGGGAUGCACUGAAGGCGUAUAAGGAGAUGAUUGAGUUGCUCCGACGCAGUGCGGAUCUUCCUCGGCUGACGAUUACUCUAAAUCUCAGGGAAAUGCAAUCAUAUGAAUAUGAAUAUCAGGAACCUAUCAGCGAGGAGGAGGAAAUUCAGACUUAUUUGGAAUUAUACACACCGCUUAUCAUUGCGCUUGUACCCUUGCGGGCACUCAAGGAUUUCUUUGUCCAUAUCGGCACCCUUCGGAGUUGGCGUGAUUGUGUGGAGAACAAGCGUGCGUUGUGGGAGCGGAGGCUGGAGACAAUGGUUAUGGGAAUGGAGUAUCGAAGUUCAGAGAGGGUGAAGCGGGAUGUUUUAUUGCAAUGGCAUAAUCCGUAUGGAGUGGAUAAUUAA